AUUUUUGGGAUUGUUUCCAAAUACAUACACAUUCACAAAACUAUUAGCUGAGCAAAUAAUCAGCGAGAAAUCAGCCAGGUCGAAUCAUGAAAACAGCAAUAAUAUGCCAAUGGUCAUAUUCAGACCGUCGAUAGUAAUAUCAUCGAUCGCCGAGCCCGUACUCGGAUGGAUAGAUAACGUUAAUGGACCGGUCGGCCUCAUGUUGGCGUGUGGUAAAGGCAUAGCGCAUGUCAUGCUGGCUCAUAAAGACUCCACUCCGGACUUUAUGCCCGUCGAUGUGUCGAUAAAAGCGAUGAUCGUGGCUGCUUAUCAUCGUGGGACACACAACUUGUCGUCGGACAAUCCACUGACGGUGUACAACUGUUCUACGGUUAAGAAGUCAAUUACCAACAACCAAAUUAUGCAAUUUGCAGUAAAGUAUUUUUUGUUGCAUCCGUUCGAUGAAAUUUUAUGGAGGCCGAAAAUUUUUAUUACGGCUUCCAAACGGAUUUUUUACUAUCUUACCAUUAUCCAGCAAGUUUUUCCGGCUAUACUCAUCGAUUUUGUAUUGAAGAUUACUGGAAUACCACAAAAAAUUUACUUUGUAAAAUUGCAACGAAAAAUUUAUUUAGCGACAAUGGCGUUAUCGUCUUUCACUUUGCAAUCAUGGACGUUCAAAAAUACGAGUUUCUUAAGUCUGAUCACUCAUAUCCCGGAUAACGAAAAAGGCGAUUUUGAUUUCAAAUUCGAUCAUAUCAAUGUAGAAGAUACGUUUAUAACUUGCCUUACUGGAACGCAAAAAUAUUUGUUCAAUACCAAUCCCAAUAAAAUAACCGAGGCGAGGAAAAAAUUGAAAAAACUAGUUUGGAUUGAUCGAAUUUUGACAACACUGUAUUUUUUUACAUUGGCGUACUGCUUAUAUGCAAUCAUAUCCUUAAGUUUUUGAAUAAUGAAAUUUUUAAUACGAUUUUAAAAAUAUUCU